GCGGCGCGGGAGGCGGCGAGGCCGGGCAGCAGGAGCCGGCGCGGUGACCGCAGCGGGAGCGGCGGGGACGGAGCAGACCACGACGAAGGACCACAGGCAGCCGGGCUGGGCCGGGCCACGGGGAGAGCGGCCGCCGGGAAGCGGGCAGGAGGCCGGGCGGGCAGCGGGCAGCCGCCGAGCCGCGAAGCGACAUGGUGCUGCUCAAGGAGUAUCGAGUCAUCCUGCCUGUGUCUGUAGACGAGUACCAAGUAGGGCAGCUGUAUUCUGUGGCUGAGGCCAGCAAAAAUGAGACAGGUGGCGGUGAAGGCGUGGAGGUGCUGGUGAACGAGCCUUAUGAGAAGGAUGGUGAGCGAGGCCAGUACACACACAAGAUCUACCACCUGCAGAGCAAAGUCCCCACGUUUGUUCGAAUGCUGGCGCCAGAAGGAGCGCUGAACAUACACGAGAAAGCCUGGAACGCCUACCCUUACUGCAGAACUGUUAUUACAAAUGAGUACAUGAAAGAAGACUUUCUGAUUAAAAUUGAAACCUGGCACAAACCAGAUCUUGGCACCCAGGAGAAUGUACAUAAACUGGAGCCCGAGACAUGGAAACAUGUGGAAGUCGUAUAUAUAGACAUUGCAGAUCGAAGCCAAGUACUUAGCAAGGAUUACAAGGCAGAGGAAGACCCCGCAAAAUUUAAAUCUAUCAAAACAGGCCGAGGACCCUUGGGCCCAAAUUGGAAGCAAGAACUUGUAAAUCAGAAAGACUGCCCAUAUAUGUGUGCAUACAAACUGGUUACUGUCAAAUUCAAGUGGUGGGGCCUGCAGAACAAAGUGGAAAACUUUAUACAUAAGCAAGAGAGGCGUCUGUUUACAAACUUCCACAGGCAGCUGUUCUGUUGGCUUGAUAAGUGGGUUGACCUGACCAUGGAUGACAUUCGAAGGAUGGAAGAAGAGACAAAGAGACAGCUGGAUGAAAUGAGACAAAAGGACCCAGUGAAAGGAAUGACAGCGGAUGACUAGAGGCACCUCUCCCCCUUCUGCACUUUUUGCAAGACAGUGGUCAACAGGAAGGCCCAGCAGCUCCACCCUCCCGAGUGACCGGCCAUCUUCGGACGCAGCCUUUCUGUGCCCAUUCUUCAGGCAACUUUCGACCCCUUCUGUAGCUAAUUCUAGAUGUCCUUUAAUAUUGUGAACAAAUAGACCGCCUGGUAUUACAAAGCCCGUGUGUGCGGGAGCCUGCUCCUCUGAGAUAUGUGACGUGUAGGUGCUGUAUUUACAGCUCCUCCCUCUCUCUCCAUUGUGUUCUGACCCGGUUCUCUGUGUGCCCCCCCCCCCCCUUUAUUUCCAAGUGACAUUUUUAGUCUUUCAAAA